AUGGCGGACAACAUGAUGAGCGAAGAAAGCCGUGGAAGAUUUAGUUCUACUAUAAACUCGUUGAAAGAGCUUCUUGCCAGAUCACAACACGAAGAAGAACUUAAUGAACUGGAUGAAGGAUCAGUUACUGAACCGUUUGGCCAUAUACAACAGCAACAACAAAUGGGAAACACAUCUCAAAGUAUUCCAAAUAUUGCAACAGAAUCAACAGAGCAAGGUUAACAGCAAAUCCUCUUUUAUUAUUGUCUUAUAUCCACUUAUAUCACAUCAGAGGUGUACAUAUUUUGGUAAUUUUCUCGUUAUAUCUUCUGAAUAUAUUGUCAUUAUUAUUUCAAUAAUUCAAUUGAUUUUGAUCUUAUUGAUUUGAAUUUUGAAUACUAUAUACUUGUAUUUACACUGAGAAUUUUCAAACAUUUCUCAUGAUUUUUUGAAAGUAUAUACAGCAAAUUUGUUAAUACAUUCAUCAUACAUUAUUGGUUGUCCUAGUUUUGUUUAUUAAUAUUUCCUUGUAUUGUACAAAAAAUGUUUAUAUCAUAAUUAAAGAAGUAAUAUUUCAUUGUUUGGAAACACUCUUAUAGCCAACCCAGCAACAGAGCCAAGUGGAGCACCUUUGACCAGCGUAGAAGCAGGCGAAGCUGAAGAGGAAAGAGGAGUGUCAACAGAUUUUGAGGUUGAGCUAUUUAUUGAAGAAAUUCGAAAACUUGGGUGUCUGUGGAAUACAUCUCUGUCUUCCUAUAAAGACAGAAAUGCGAAACAAAAUGCAUGGCAGAUUCUCUCAAACAUAUUUAAUAAAGAUGGUAAGAAUUCUAUAAUGGACAGUUUGAAUAACUUAAUUAAUAUAUGAUUCAACCUAACUGUGUGAUGUUUGUCAUGUUACUCUUAGUGUGUAUCCACACUGAGCAAGCUGGAAAGUUUGCCUGACCAUUGUAGGAAUCAAACCACAGACCUUUGGGAUACUAGUCCAAUGCUCAACCAACUGAUCUACGAGAUCAAGCCGGUUCGAGUUGGUAAUAUUUUGGAACUGAGUCUAGUUACUUCAGUAUCAAUGAUAUUCUAAGAUAUGAUACUCACCGUGGCGCUCCCACCGUGGUCAGGCAAACUUUUCACAAACUUUUCAGGCAAACUUGGGAUUUAAAGGUACAGAAUUCAACGUAAUAAAAAGAUAGCGGAUGUCGAUUAUCAUUCAAAUUAUGGUAAAAUUGACAAGCCUCCAUCUUAUCUGAUUAUUGUCAAUUAUGAAUAUGAUUUAUCAUUAUUUCUGCAAUUCCAUUAUUGUGACCACCUCCCCCCACACACACACGCAUAAGUUGUAUGCAGCUUAAAGUAUUUUAUUGUGUUUACAGUGGAAUUCCUAAAGACCCAGUUGAAAUAUUUAAAAGAUAACUUGAAAAAGUGCCUUGAUAGAAGAUCCAAGGCUACAAAGUCGGGUGCAGCUGCUUCAAAGUUGGCUACAUGCAAGUAUUUUGAUCAAUUGGGUUUUCUUCACAGCAAAGUAAGUAACAAACCUACAGAAAGCAAUUUAACACCAGUAAUCGAAGUCGAAGAUACACCUUCAGUCAAUCCUUCUGCACCAACUUGUUCUGUAACCCAGUCAGUACUCUGCCCCAAUACUUCAACUAUAGCUUCAGCAGCAGCAAAGGACAUUUCAAGCUCUGCACCAGGAAAAAGUAAGGCAGAAAAUGAAAUUAUUGCUUAUACACCUGCCAAGCGAAGUAAGUCAAGAGCUGAAAUGGCAUAUGCUGUUGAUACAUUGUUGGUAAAAACAUUGCAGGAUAUACAGGCUCCCACAUCUAAAUCUGGCACUGUUGGUGAUGAUGAUGAAGAUAUUUUGUUCUGUAAGAGCCUUGUACCAGUGCUAAAAAAGAUGUCUGCAAGACAAAACAGGCUCGCCAAAAUAAAAAUAAAUCAACUGUUGUUUGAGAUUGAAUUUAGUGAUGAACAGUAA